CGGUGUUAGGGAAGAGCGGAAGGACGUUUCCACAUGAGGAUUUUAAGCAUUUCCACCUCGUUUAGAUGAAUGUGAGACUUCCACGUGUGUUUACAUGACAGAGAGAGCAGGUAGCGGCAGAUUUUAACCAGCUUCAGCCUCUAAUCUGCACACGUUGAAAGCGCCUGCGCGCCCAGUUGUAUUUGUGAGAUGCUAAAGAUGACUUCUCUGAGACGUUUGGUGCACAGCAGGGUGCUGCUCCACCUGAGCGAGUCUCCAGGUGUGCACAGCUCCCUGCCCAGGUGCGGCAGGCUGCUCAGCACCUCCAGCAAGUGCAGGACUGUCAUGCCCGCCUGGGUCAUUGAUAAAUACGGAAGCAAUGAGGUCUUACGGUUCACCAAGAACGCCAGCUUUCCCAUCAUCAACUAUCCCAAUGAGGUGAUUGUCAAGGUGUUUGCAGCAGGACUCAACCCCAUCGACGUCGCCAUGAGAGGUGGCUAUGGCGCAGCUACGUUGUCCAUGAAGAGAGAUCCUCUGAGAAUCAAGCAGUCGGACAGUGAGUUUCCUCUCGUUCUGGGCCGGGAUGUGUCCGGGGUCAUCAUGGAGUGCGGCCUGGACGUGAAGCACUUCAGAGAGGGGGACGAG